AUGAAUGACGGCAAAGUUUUAGAAAUCGUCGGUGCACGAGUUGACCUCGAUUUUUCAGAGGGGAAAUUGCCCGAUAUUCUCAACGCAAUCGAAGUUCAGCGCGCGGAUGGAACGACAUUAGUGCUUGAAGUCCAACAGCACUUGGGUGAAAAUCGAGUUCGUGCUAUCGCAAUGGACACAACCGACGGAUUGGUACGCGGUACACGUGCCAUCGAUCGCAAUGAGCCGAUCUCUGUACCUGUGGGCGAUGCCGUGCUCGGUCGUGUUUUCGACGUUACCGGGCAACCGAUUGAUGGAGGGGACGAGGUCGAAGCAACACAGCGGUAUCCCAUCCACCGCCAUCCACCGCCUCAGGAAGAACUGAGCACCGUUUCCGAAAUGUUAGAAACCGGAAUCAAGGUGAUUGACCUGGUUCAACCGGUUGCAAGAGGUGGAAAGGUCGGCUUCCUCGGCGGUGCGGGUGUCGGAAAAACGGUACUGGUCGCUGAACUGAUCUAUAAUAUCGCAACCCAACACGGUGGUUACUCCGUUUUUUGCGGAAUCGGAGAGCGGACUCGCGAAGGGAAUCAGUUUUGGUUGGAGAUGGACGAGUACGGUGUAAUGGAUAAAACCGCCAUGGUUUUUGGACAGAUGAACGAACCGCCGGGCGCCCGGUUGCGCGUCGGGCUUGCUGGACUCUCUAUGGCAGAAUACUUCCGUGAUGAGGGCGGGACAGGAUGUGUUGAUCUUUCAUCGACAAUGUUUUCCGCUUUACCCUCGCAGGCGGUGAGGUCUCCGCGCUUUUAG